CCAAACCCGGUCUAAUCUUCUCUUCACCCUCCAUUAUCCCACUCCCUGUGGAUAACCCUCAAAACAUCCGAUCACUUCACACACCCAAACCUUCACGAACUCGCACAUUAACAGUAAAAUCAUCCCAAAACCCCACUCAAAAAUGUCAAUUUCAGCAUCUUUAGCAGCACCCAUGUUUCCGUUACGCAAUUCUUCCUCAAUUUCUUCCACACCCACACUUUCUGCUCUACAUUUUCUCCCAAAUGCCUCAUCAACCUCCAAGAUUCAGUUUCAGUUUCAAUUCCAACCAACUCGUUCUUCUACAACUAGAGUUUUUGCAGCCCCUGAAGCUUUGGAACAAACCCUGAUUGAGGAUGCCGAAUCGUCGACUGUGAUUGCGGGUUCUGAUUCCGAAAAGGUAGCACCAAAACAGAAAAUCAGGAUUAAAUUGAGGUCAUACUGGGUGCCUUUAAUUGAAGAUUCAUGCAAGCAGAUCAUGGAUGCUGCUAGAACCACAAACGCAAAGACGAUGGGGCCCGUUCCACUGCCAACAAAGAAGAGAAUAUAUUGUGUGCUUAAAUCUCCUCAUGUUCACAAGGAUGCACGAUUUCACUUUGAGAUCCGAACCCAUCAGCGGCUCAUAGACAUUUUACACCCGACUGCACAAACCAUCGACUCUUUGAUGCAGCUUGAUCUUCCUGCUGGUGUUGAUGUUGAGGUUAAGCUUUAAAAACAUCUUUGAAGUUCCUUCUUGCUAUGAGAUGCUUCUAGACAUUUUUGUGUAUUAAAUAUGUUACUUGUAAUUUUUUUAUUAAAGCGAUGAUGCUUGGUAAAGUAGUUUGUAAUUGCUUGAUCUUGAAAUUAUGGUUUA